ACAGAAGGUGUGAAGGAUUGUGAGCGGCCCCAAUUUGCAGGAGGUGCUCCAAGGCAUCGUUGGUUGGAUACUACUUGUGAACGGUGGGCUGAGUGACUUGAGGGGUCCGAGCAAAUCAGCGAUGAUAGUCGGUCAUCACCAACGGCCCGCUAAUUUAGCUGCCAAUCGGGGCUGACGUGUGACUGUACGAAAUGAAGGAUAUUGCCAUCACGUCUAUCCGAUUCUGCCCUCAGGAUGCAUCUGAGAGGUCCGUCCAACAUGUUGAAGAUGCGGAAACCUAAGAUCGUGCGGCACUACGCCGACACCAGCCCACCGGGGAGCCAAGCUCAGCGAGCAUCCGUGUUGGCCGAGCCCAUGAGAGCCAUCAUUGGGAGAAGUCUCCACCCCGCGGCUGUCGCAGGUUCAGGCGUGAGGAACCAUGGAAAUGCCCCUAUUCAGCAUUGGCACUGUGUAAGGCACUGUGUGACGGAAGGGGCCGUUUGUGUUUCAGAUGGUGGCUGUGGCGAUCCAAUCUGGGGGCAGAGAACCAACAUCUCGGCUUCCCGUUCCUGCGUAGUUUAUUCUCCGGGCGCCUCGAUCGCUCAUGGGAAGCUGACAUUGGCAGAUGGCGGAUCCGGCCAAGCGCUGUGGCGGAGGGUGGGGUCUGACGCUGCUGGACAUGAGCGAGCAUGCCAGCCGAACUCGUCCUUAGCGAGACAGGCUAGUCUAGCAGACUUUCCCUUGGCGUCGGAUCAGAAGCUAUCCAGAUGUUACCCCCCUUUCAGUUUCUCAUCACACUGCUGGUAUCCUUUCCAUCUCUAA